CGGCACCCAUUCCAGGUUCCUUUGACUGCUCUCCAGCGGCAGCGGCGGCGAAAGAGCCGAGGAGCGUUUUGGGUCGCUGGGAGCCGAAGCGGCCAUGGCCGAGCGCCGCGCCUUUGCGCAGAAGAUCAGCAGAACGGUGGCCGCUGAAGUACGGAAACAGAUUUCAGGGCAAUAUGGAGGAUCACCACAACUUCUCAAAAACCUUAAUAUUGGGGGCACAAUAUCCCACCAUACAACUGUGCCUCUUACUGAGCCUGUGGAUCCAGUGGAUUUGGAGGAUUAUCUUCUUACACAUCCACUUGCAGUGGAUUCCGGCCCUAUGAGAGACUUGUUUGAAUUUCCUUCUGAUGAUACUGAAGUCAUCUACAGCCCUCAAGAAUGCAGAACAUUGGUGUCAGCUGUACCAGAGGAAAGUGAAAUGGACCCCCAUGUGAGAGACUGUGUAAGAAGUUAUACAGAAGACUGGGCUAUUGUGAAUAGAAAGUACCACAAACUAGGGACAGGAUUCAAUCCCAACACCUUGGACAAGCAAAAAGAAAGACAAAAGGGCUUGCCCAAACAGAUCUUUGAGUCUGAUGAAGCUCCAGAUGGCAACAGUUACCAGGAUGAACAAGAUGAUCUGAAAAGACGGUCCAUGUCAAUAGAUGAUACACCACGAGGUAGCUGGGCCUGCAGUAUUUUUGACUUGAAAAAUUCACUUCCCGAUGCUUUGCUCUCUAAUCUUCUGGAUCGGACCCCAAAUGAAGAAAUCGAUCACCAAAAUGAUGAGCAGAGGAAAUCCAACAGGCACAAGGAGCUGUUUGCCUUGCAUCCAGCACCUGACGAGGAGGAGCCCAUAGAAAGGCUCAGCAUUCCAGAAAUCCCCAAAGAGCACUUUGGUCAAAGGCUUCUUGUCAAGUGUUUGUCUCUAAAGUUUGAAAUUGAAAUAGAGCCCAUUUUUGCAAGUUUGGCAUUGUACGAUGUUAAAGAAAAGAAGAAGAUUUCAGAGAAUUUUUACUUUGAUUUGAACUCCGAACAAAUGAAAAGCAUGUUGCGGCCUCACGUCCCCCCUGCGGCCAUAACCACUUUGGCUCGUUCAGCCAUAUUUUCUAUUACAUACCCUUCCCAAGAUGUCUUCCUGGUAAUAAAGUUGGAAAAGGUACUACAGCAAGGAGAUAUUGGGGAAUGUGCUGAGCCAUAUAUGAUUAUGAAAGAAGUAGAUACUGCAAAGAACAAGGAAAAGCUAGACAAACUGAAAAGCCAAUCAGAACAAUUUUGCCAAAGACUUGGCAAAUAUCGUAUGCCUUUUGCGUGGACUGCUAUUCAUUUAAUGAAUAUAGUCAGCAGUGCUGGAAGUUUGGAAAGAGAUUCUGCAGAAGUAGAAAUUGCUACUGGAGAACGCAAAGGAUCUUGGUCUGAAAGAAGAAACUCUAGCAUCGUUGGUAGGCGUUCUCUAGAAAGAACCACGAGUGGGGACGAGGCCUGUAACCUUACUAACUUUAGACCAGCUACUCUGACAGUGACAAACUUUUUUAAACAGGAAGGUGACAGGUUGAGUGAUGAAGAUUUAUACAAAUUCCUUGCAGACAUGAAGAGGCCUUCUUCUGUUCUAAGGCGCCUGAGACCUAUCACAGCUCAGUUGAAGAUUGAUAUUUCUCCAGCCCCAGAGAACCCACACUAUUGUCUAACUCCAGAACUGUUGCAAGUAAAACUUUACCCAGAUAGUAGAGUUCGACCAACAAGAGAGAUCUUGGAAUUUCCUGCAAGAGAUGUUUAUAUUCCAAAUACAACUUACAGAAAUAUUCUAUAUGUCUAUCCACAAAGCCUUAACUUUGCCAAUCGCCAAGGAUCUGCUCGGAAUAUUACUGUAAAAGUGCAGUUUAUGUUUGGAGAGGAUCCAAGCAAUGCAAUGCCGGUAAUCUUUGGAAAAUCUAGCUGUGCUGAAUUUUCAAAAGAAGCUUAUACAGCUGUUGUUUACCAUAACAGAUCUCCUGAUUUCCAUGAAGAAAUCAAGAUCAAGCUUCCUGCUACUCUAACGGACCAUCAUCACUUGCUUUUCACUUUCUACCAUGUCAGUUGCCAACAGAAACAAAACACCCCACUUGAGACUCCUGUUGGCUACACGUGGAUACCGAUGCUACAAAAUGGACGAUUAAAAACAGGCCAGUUCUGCCUGCCUGUUUCUUUGGAGAAGCCACCACAAGCUUAUUCUGUACUUUCUCCAGAGGUGCCUUUGCCUGGAAUGAAAUGGGUUGACAACCAUAAAGGAGUUUUUAAUGUAGAAAUAAUUGCUGUGUCAACCAUUCAUACACAGGACCCCUAUCUUGACAAGUUCUUUGCCCUUGUUCAUGCCCUGGAUGAACAUAUGUUCCCUGUACGGAUAGGUGACAUGAGAAUUAUGGAGAACAACUUGGAAAAUGAAUUAAAGAGCAGCAUUUCAGCUUUGAACUCAUCUCAGUUGGAGCCUGUGGUGCGGUUUCUCCAUCUUCUGCUUGACAAAUUAAUUCUUUUGGUUGUAAGACCUCCUAUUAUUGCGGGCCAAAUAGUCAAUCUAGGUCAAGCAUCUUUUGAAGCCAUGGCCUCUAUUGUAAACAGACUUCACAAAAACCUUGAAGGAAACCAAGAUCAGCAUGGAAGAAAUAAUCUUCUUACUUCAUAUAUUUAUUAUGUUUUUCGGUUACCAAAUACAUCUCCCAAUUCUCCAUGCCCAGGUACAUUCACUUUCAAAAUGCAAUUGUAUUGGAUUCAAAUGACAUCAAGACUUUAUUUCUUUGAAGAAAUUAAUCUCCUCCGAUUUCCAAUGCAAAUGUGGCAUGCAACAUGUAACAUUUCUUUCCUUUCCUUUCCUUGCUGCUUUCUGUUAUGUGCCCAGGGUUUAGAUCGCUCCAAUUCUUGGGUAAACACUGGUGCUGCAAAAGCUGCCCUAUGGGGAUCCAACCCCAGUCCGAAUGCAGAGACUUCACAGGCUGCGGAUCGAAGCUGUAAUCGUAUGUCUUCCCAUACGGAGACACCAAGUUUCUUACAAACAUUAACAGGGCGUUUGCCAACUAAAAAGCUUUUUCACGAAGAACUGGCUUUGCAGUGGGUUGUCUGCAGUGGAAGUGUUCGUGAAGCAGCUCUUCAGCAAGCAUGGUUCUUCUUUGAACUUAUGGUAAAAAGUAUUGUGCAUCAUUUGUAUUUUGCUGACAAACUCGACGCCCCGAGGAAAAAUCGUUUUCCAGAGCGCUUCAUGGAUGACAUAUCUGCGCUGGUCAGCACAAUUGCCAGUGAUAUGGUCUCCCGGUUUCAGAAGGAUACUGAAAUGAUUGAAAGACUCAACACUAGUUUAGCAUUUUUUCUCAACGAUCUGUUGUCUGUCAUGGACAGAGGAUUUGUCUUUAGCCUUGUUAAGACUUACUACAAGCAGGUGUCCUCCAAGCUUUAUUCUUUACCAAUCCCCAGCACACUAGUGUCCUUGAGGCUGGAUUUCCUUCGGAUUGUCUGUAGCCAUGAGCAUUAUGUUACUCUGAAUCUACCAUGUAGUUUGCUAACACCGCCUGCCUCUCCAUCUCCUUCCGUGUCAUCAGCAACAUCACAGAGUUCUGGCUUCUCAACAAAUGUCCAGGAUCAGAAGAUUGCAAAUAUGUUUGAACUGUCUGUUCCUUUUCGUCAACAACAUUAUUUGGCAGGACUAGUGCUGACUGAACUAGCUGUCAUUCUAGAUCCUGAAGCAGAUAGUUUGUUUGGAUUGCAUAAGAAAGUCAUCAACAUGGUACACAAUUUGCUAUCUAGCCAUGACUCUGACCCACGGUACUCUGACCCACAAGUAAAGGCCAGGGUGGCUACUCUAUACUUGCCUCUGAUUGGAGUGAUCAUGGAGAGUGUGCCCCAGCUGUAUGAUUUCACAGAAAGUCACAAUCAGCGUGGAAGACCAAGCUGCGUCGCAGUGGAGGAUUGUGAAAGUGAGGGUGGGAACAUGAUCAGUCAGACAGUUGCUAUGGCCAUUGCAGGAACCUCUGUCCCACAACUCACCCGGCCUACCAGUUUUCUCCUCACAUCAACGGCCAGCAGGCAACACUCAACAUUUUCAGCUGAUUCCAGUCGAAACCUUUUGAUCUGUCUCUUAUGGGUCCUGAAGAAUGCUGACGAAAGUGUUCUGCAGAAAUGGUUCACAGAUCUGUCUGUGUUGCAGCUCAAUCGCUUGUUGGAUUUGCUUUAUUUAUGCAUUUCCUGCUUUGAAUAUAAGGGGAAGAAAGUGUUUGAAAGAAUGAACAGUCUGACUUUUAAGAAGUCAAAAGAUAUGCGGGCCAAACUUGAAGAAGCUAUACUUGGGAGCAUUGGGGCCAGGCAAGAAAUGGUACGAAGAAGCAGAGGACAAUUGGAAAGAAGUCCUUCUGGAAGUGCUUUUGGAAGUCAAGAGAACCUGAGGUGGCGGAAGGACAUGACGCAUUGGAGGCAGAACACUGAAAAACUUGACAAGUCCCGGGCAGAGAUUGAACAUGAAGCACUUAUUGAUGGUAACUUGGCAACAGAAGCCAAUCUGAUCAUAUUGGAUACUUUAGAGAUAAUUGUGCAGACGGUUUCGGUGACUGAAUCCAAGGAAAGUAUUCUUGGUGGGGUACUGAAGGCUCUUCUACAUAGCAUGGCUUGCAAUCAGAGCGCUCUUUAUCUCCAGCAUUGCUUCGCUACUCAAAGAGCUUUAGUCUCAAAGUUCCCAGAACUGCUGUUUGAAGAAGAGACUGAGCAAUGUGCCGAUCUAUGCCUCCGACUCCUGCGCCACUGCAGCAGUAGCAUUAGCACGAUACGGUCCCAUGCCAGUGCCUCUCUGUAUCUCCUCAUGAGGCAAAACUUUGAGAUUGGAAAUAACUUUGCUAGAGUGAAAAUGCAGGUGACAAUGUCACUCUCGUCUCUAGUGGGAACCUCUCAAAAUUUUAAUGAAGAGUUUCUGAGACGUUCUCUGAAGACCAUUUUGACUUAUGCUGAAGAGGAUCUGGAAUUAAAGGAGACAACCUUCCCUGACCAGGUACAGGAUCUUGUGUUCAAUCUCCAUAUGAUCCUCUCGGAUACAGUUAAAAUGAAGGAACACCAGGAAGAUCCAGAAAUGCUAAUUGACUUGAUGUACAGGAUUGCAAAAGGAUAUCAGAAUUCCCCAGAUCUUCGACUAACCUGGCUGCAGAACAUGGCUGGAAAACACUCCGCUAGAAAUAACCACGCCGAAUCGGCCCAGUGUUUGGUUCACUCUGCAGCUUUGGUGGCUGAAUAUCUAAGCAUGCUGGAGGACCGGAAAUAUCUCCCUGUGGGAUGUGUUACAUUUCAGAACAUUUCUUCAAAUGUUCUAGAAGAAUCUGCAGUUUCUGACGAUGUGGUCUCUCCAGAUGAAGAAGGGAUAUGUUCUGGAAAGUAUUUUACCGAAGCGGGUCUGGUUGGACUGCUAGAGCAAGCCGCAGCCUGUUUUUCCAUGGCUGGUAUGUAUGAAGCGGUCAACGAGGUUUACAAAAUCCUUAUUCCAAUUCAUGAAGCUAACAGAGAUGCCAAGAAACUGGCCACAAUUCAUGGUAAACUCCAGGAUGCAUUCAGCAAGAUAGUUCAUCAGAGUACUGGCUGGGAGGAUGGUAAGCGAAUGUUUGGUACAUACUUCCGUGUUGGCUUUUAUGGAACUAAAUUUGGAGAUUUGGAUGAACAGGAGUUCAUGUACAAGGAGCCUGCUAUAACAAAACUUGCUGAAAUUUCUCAUAGAUUAGAGGGAUUUUAUGGAGAAAGGUUUGGUGAAGAUGCUGUUGAGGUUAUUAAAGAUUCUAACCCUGUUGACAAGUGCAAACUAGAUGCCAAUAAAGCUUAUAUACAAAUCACUUACGUUGAGCCCUACUUUGAUACUUACGAAAUGAAGGACAGGAUAACCUAUUUUGACAAAAACUACAAUUUGCGCCGAUUCAUGUAUUGCACCCCGUUCACGUUGGAUGGCAGAGCUCAUGGGGAGUUGCACGAACAGUUCAAAAGGAAGACUAUCUUGACAACAUCACAUGCUUUUCCUUACAUUAAGACAAGGAUAAAUGUCAUUCAUAAGGAAGAAAUAAUUUUGACACCAAUUGAAGUUGCCAUUGAGGACAUGCAGAAAAAAACCCAAGAAUUGGCUUUUGCAACCCAUCAAGAUCCAGCAGACCCAAAAAUGCUCCAGAUGGUGCUUCAGGGUUCAGUGGGCACCACUGUAAAUCAGGGGCCGCUGGAGGUUGCCCAAGUAUUUUUAUCUGAAAUACCCAAUGAUCCUAAACUCUUCCGCCACCAUAACAAACUAAGGCUUUGUUUCAAAGACUUUACAAAAAGGUGUGAGGACGCACUACGCAAAAACAAAAGCUUGAUUGGUCCAGACCAAAAAGAGUAUCAACGGGAACUUGAAAGAAAUUAUCAUCGUCUCAAGGAAGCCCUUCAGCCCUUGAUAAAUAGAAAAAUACCCCAAUUAUACAAGGCUGUUCUACCUGCUGCUUGUCACAGAGAUUCCUUCAGCAGAAUGAGCCUUCGCAAAAUGGACAUAUAAGCACCUCAGGCACUUAAAGAGGUUUAAGGUACUGAAAAAGCAGGUUCAGUGUUAUCAAUACCAGAAAAUUUGUGGAAUUUGCUCUGGGCAGCUAACACGUGUUCUUUUGACUUGCAUGAGAGCAUUAAGUGGCCAAAUCUUUUCUCCUGGAAAAUGUAGUUUUAAAAAGUCUGUUUUUGUAAAAUCUAUUACAACAGUAUGAAAGUAUUUUUAAAACUUUUUCUUUUUUUUUUAAUAUCCAAAGGUACUCUAAAUUCAUCAACCUUAUUUAUAGCAUUCUGCAAUGUGAUUUUUUUUCCCAGUUUGUAUAUUUAAUUUAUAAUAGCAUUUGAAAAAGCAAACAAUUUUUAAUAUAGUGUUUGUUUAUAUUAAUGGUACUAUUAAAUAUUUGAAAGUUUCCACUUUAUUUCAUGCUUUUUCUAUUCAUUGCCAUGUGCAAACAGAGAUUUUUUAAAAUUAUGAACAGGUAUUGCUGAAAGGAAUGCUUUCUAUAAUAAAUUUACUCAUUUUAUAUUUGCAUGAUUAUUACAUGUGAGCUUAAAAUUAUUAGGGUAGAUUGGAACAUUGUUUUUAGUAUUAAUUUGUACUUUCUAAUAUUGUUUGGGGCCACUAUAAAUAAAACAGAAGGUCUGACUAAUAGGUAAGACACAAUUUACAAAUAUAUCUUAUCCCCCAUCUCUGCUAAAGUGUUUAUACUAGGACACCAGAUUGAAAGGAUGGUGUGAAUUUUAAAGUAACAUUUUAAGAUAUAAUCAUAUACUGUCAUACUAUAUCCAUCUAUUUUAUUUACAUAUUUGAAUGUUCACAUUCUGGUUAUUUUUCUUCACUGUAAAGUUAUCCACUUUUAUUUGUAAUGAUUGGACAACUUUCUUGGCUACUUUCCAAGUGCCUCUUCUAUAUGGACACAGGGAGGAAAUUAUCUGAAAUGUUUUCCAUGCAGUUUCUGGCCUGAUCUAACACAUUUGAAAGUAAAUUUUCUUGUGCCAUUGUUUUUCCUUAGCACCAUAUCUGGUAUCAUAUUUUUUAUUAUGGUGUUAUGGUACUAAUGGACAUUUUCAUCCUUCUUUUAGAUAAAUUGUCUCCAACAUUCUGUUGAGUUGGAAAAGAAAUUAUCUCCAUGAUUACAGUAAGCUUGAUGGAAUUCAAUAAGAGUUCUAUUACCAACAUGAUCUACCACUGAAAUUUGAUGACAAAUUCUCAUCAAAUUCAAAAAGUGGUUCAGAAACCCAAAUCACAGGUUUGGCACCUUUUAACUUGCCUUAUCUAUUGGGGCAUGUCUCCGCCAGUUUUGAAUGCAAAGCCCUUUAUUUUGAUUGAUCAUCAAUCAAUACAAAUGCAUUCUAUAAAACAA